AAGUUAGUUGUCACUUGUCAUGUUGUCCAAGUCUCAUAAGAGCCAAAGAUUCUUCACCACUCUUUUUAAAUUGUGAUAUGAUCAUGUUACUUCUUCUAUGAAUUUGAGUUCCUUUGUUUCACUUUCACCCCCUCUCUAAAUGUGCCCACUGACACAACACAACACAACACACCCUAUGCAAAUUGCAAAACACCCUUCUCUGUGAACUGCUGACAACAUUUGUACUUGAAUAUUUUCAUGUUGUUUCAGGAAAGGAAAAUUAAAGGGGUGUUUGCAUAAAGAAGAAACAUAAAAGGAGCUGCUGGUGUUGGCAUGGUAAAGGGAAUGUGGAACUUUUUGGGGGUGAACAUUCUAAAGGAGAGUUAAGUUAAAGAGUUCAGAAGCUUGGUAGUUGUUGAAGUGUACCUACCUAGGAGGGAAAAAAAGGUGGAAAGGAGAUAAUAUGCCAACUGUGUGGUUCUCCCUGAAGAGGUCUCUACACUGCAAAUCAGAGCCAACAGAUGUUCAUGUUCCAAAGUCAAGGAAGCAUUUGGCCACAAUCUUGACUAAAAGGGCAGGGACAGGGAGGUCAGGGUGUUCAAGGUCCAUAGCAAAUCUCAAAGAUGUCAUCCAUGGAAGCAAGAGGCAUUUAGAGAAGCCACCAAGUUGCAGCCCGAGGUCCAUAGGGAGCAGUGAGUUCCUCAACCCAAUAACCCAUGAAGUCAUUUUGAGCAACUCAAGGUGUGAGCUGAAAAUCACUGGCUAUGGAGGAUUCCAAGAAGGAGGGGUUGCCAGUGAUGGUAACAACAAUGGUGGUGAAACUGGUGAUUCAACCUUUGUAGGUACUCUAAGGCCUGGGACUCCUGGCCCUGGAGGGCACCCUACAAUGCACUAUUUCAACCCUUCUUAUAAGACACCAGCCACUCCUCCAAGGAAGUUAUCACCUUUCCUUUCAUCAGAUAAAGAAGGGUCUGGCUUCCAUGGUGCUGGAUUUCAUUCUAGCCACAGGUUGUCCCUUGAGACAGAUUCUAAUGGGCCUUGUAAUGUGACUUGCCACAAAUGUGGAGAGCAAUUUAGCAAAUGGGAAGCUGCUGAAGCUCAUCAUCUCUCCAAGCAUGCUGUUACUGAACUUGUCGAAGGUGAUUCAUCAAGAAAAAUAGUGGAGAUAAUAUGCAGGACGAGCUGGUUAAAGUCUGAGAACCACUGUGGUCGAAUUGAAAGAGUUUUGAAAGUCCAUAACAUGCAGAAGACACUGGCUAGGUUUGAAGAGUACAGAGAGAUGGUGAAAAUCAAAGCCAGCAAACUCCAGAAGAAGCAUCCUAGGUGUUUGGCUGAUGGGAAUGAGCUUUUGAGGUUCUAUGGCACCACUCUUGCAUGCUCUCUUGGUCUCAAUGGUUCUUCCAGCCUGUGCCAAUAUGAAAGAUGCUGUGUUUGUAGAAUUAUCAGAAAUGGGUUUUCUUCCAACAAGGAGGAGCUCAAGGGUGGAAUUGGUGUUUUCACUACUUCCACAAGUGGAAGGGCUUUUGAAUCUAUUGAGAUUUUAGGCCAUGACCCAUCACUGAGAAAAGCAUUGAUAGUAUGCAGAGUCAUUGCUGGCAGGGUCCAUAGACCUCUGGAAAACAUUCAGGAAAUGGCAGGACAGACAGGGUUUGAUUCAUUGGCUGGCAAAGUUGGUCUCUAUUCAAACAUUGAGGAGCUUUAUUUGCUCAAUCCUAGAGCUCUUCUUCCUUGCUUUGUGGUCGUUUGCAAACCCUGAAGCUAAGGUUAAAGUAAUGCCAGUUUGCAUGUUUGGGUACAAUGUGAUUUUUUUUAAGUUGGAAGAAUUGAUUCUGGAAAAAGCUACUCCGAGUAUCUUUUAUGGCAGCAGAAUUGGUUCCGGUAGAUCUGAAUGAAUUCAAACUUGCUAAAUAUUGAUUGUUUAGUUUUUAAGGGAUAAGGAGGUUCUUCACCAAGAUUUUGAAGAAUUUUGGUUCAACUUCCCAAGUCAUGUGUGCUUCUUUGUUUAUUGAAUGAAUCACCUAUUCAUACAUUUGUAACUUUUUUUAGUGGCACUGAAAAUUUUCAUCUGCAGAAGGAUGAUGAAGUGCCCUAAGUACAUGUUGUAAGAUAUUGACAUCAACCUCAGCUUAACUAAUUAACUACCCUUUGGAUGUUUCCACUUGGAUUAAUGGUGAUUGACUCCUUGCUGUUGGUUUCA